UAAGCAUAACUGCACACGAUAUAGCGAGUGUCAUGUCUUCUGUGAGAAAAAUGUCUGAAUUCCUGUCCAGCGAGUUGAGAGGAUUUGAAAUGAACAGACAGCAGCAGAGUCUAAAGCCCACACUUCCCGAAGAUGAGAGGCCGAUACAUUCGGGUCGUCUGCUGGGAAAGAGAUUGGAGGCCAUGAAAAUGCAGGAAAACGUCAAACUGCAGAUAAAGGAAUUUGAGUCGUUUCAGCAUGCACUGCACGAGCGUAAGGAGCGGCUGAAGGAAAAAGAACAGCAGCUGCAGCACCACCUACAAACCGACAGCUUCCUGAAGUACAAUGAGGAGCAAUGGUGUUAUGCAGAGAGGAAAGCAAGACGCAACAGAGAACUGAUUAAGAAGAAGCAGGAGUACCUCAAAGAAUUAAACGAGGAACUCAUUUCUUUAAUCACACAGCAGGAGCAGCUGAGGAAGCAAAAUGAGACCAACUGCAUCUAUGCUGAAUAUUUAGAUGCAGUGGUGAAGGAAAGCAAGGAGUUUCAGGAGCCGCGUGAACUGAUUGAACACUAUGAGGCACGGAGGUAUAUACAGAAAGAGCUGAUGGCUUCUGUAGACAGGAAGCAUGAAGAGGAGUUGAAAUCCCGUGUCGAUUUGGCAUCAGUUAGGCAAGAGUACUACCUCACACGAGUGAAUCGCCAGGCCAUGAUCAGCAUGUUGUGGAGCCAACUGGAAGAGGCCAAACAACUGGUACUUAAUUUGGAGGCAACGUGGAACAAUAUUCAGAGGUCGUCCGAAAUGAAAACCUGUGAGCAGACUAGAAUCAACUUGACCACGUUUAACAUGUCCAAGUAUCUGUGGAAGAUGGGCACCGAAAUUCCCAAGUCACUGAAGCCACAGGACACUAUAGAAGCGUUGGAUAAGAUUCAGGAGUUCAUUUGUGAUCUGACAUCGAUUUGGGAGAAAGUGAGCAAAUCUAAAUCUGAAAGAGAAGAGAUCAACAGCAGUACAAAAGGACAACACAAAACUAAAACUAAUUCCAACACAAAACGCUAAUUACAAAUGGUUUAAUUUUUCACCUCCUAACCACCAGGGGUGCUGUUUGAAUAGCUGGAUACUUCUUAUGACCUGAAACGCUGGUCCAUCAGCAGAAUUUAAAUUUUAAAUACUGCAGCUUAGUCAUCAGAAUCCACCAGAAAUGUUUUGGAAUAUAAAGCAUUGACAACCAUUGUCCUUCAUGGACAGGGCUCUCUAGUGGUGGGGGAUGUGUUUUGGUGUAAAUCCGAGGACAUUUGUCCGUUUAGUGCUCGUAAUAGGCUGACAGUAAUGAUGUGGGUGUCUAGCUAACAAGCCUGAUUGUGCUCCAGCUGUAAGGGCUGAACCAGCCUGAACACUACGGUUCAGAUAUCCGUUCACCAUCAGCUAGGAAAUGGGGGAAUUUUGCGAGGACACUGGGGUUAUACCCCUAUUAUUUACGAGAAGUGUCCUGUAAUUUUUAAUGACCACAGAGAGUCAGGGUAAAUCUCAUGCAAAAGACAGUGCUGUUUUAACAGUAUAAUAUCCCCACUAAGCCCCAAAGUAAGUGCCCCAUGUUGGCCUCCUUAAUACCACUUCCAGCAGCAACUGUAGUUUUCCCCCAUCCAGAUACUGACCAGGCUCAACCCUGCUUAGCUUUAGUGGGAAACCCAGCAAGAACUGCAGGGAGAUAUGGCUCUGGCAACAGUGGCUGUUUAUGACAAUGGUAACUAUUUAUGGCAAUGGACUAAGAGGCGAAUUCUGUACAAAGUUGCAGAAUGUUUGCAGCUAGGUUGGGAAAAAAGAGAAAAUCCAGGUGUUUAAAAAUCUCCCCCCUGACAGUUAGGAGGCAUGAAAUUGAGCAAAUUUAACAAAUAAAGAAAAAUAAAAAGGAAUAGCAGUCAGGUCUUUGGUC